UCUUACAUUUGUAUUUAUAAAUCAAGAUAUACGAUCACUUGUUAUCUUAUAUCUACAUCGCAAAAAAAUGUAGUAAUGGCAAUUUUAAAUCAUAACCGUUAAAAAAAUAAGUUUUCAAAUUUGUUUCAAAACGUGUUCUCGUAUGGUUCCGAAAUCUUUGAUAUUGCAUUGUAUUUUUGAACUAAUAACGCGAGUGUUUAAGUUUUGAGAUAUUGACUCUGAUAAGUGAAAUAUUGACCUCAUUAUUAUUUUAAGUUUUAACAUGUCUGAUCAGUACAGAAAAUGUGUCAAGUGUGGAGUGACCUUAGCAAAAGAUCAUACUUUAACUUUUCACCGAUUUCCUAAGAUUGGGAAUGGAAACCCUGAAACAGUUUUAAGAUCCCGCAUUUGGGCCGAAUUCUGUUUCCCUGAAGAAAACUGUACUGAUGUAGAUUUUUAAAAAAAUUACAUACCAGCCACAAAAUGCUAUGCAGUAAACAUUUUACAGAAGAAUCUUUUAUUAACAUAUCUAAAACACGUUUAAACAAGUUUUCCAUACCUAUUGGUUCUGAGCCCAUAUUGGAAAAACUGAGAAUCAUACCAGGUUCUUCUAGUCAGGUUUCACCUACACCAGGACCUUCACAUGAGCAUAUACAGAAGAAACAACAAGUGGAAAUGGACCAAAAUGCCUUUGUUACUUCACCAUCAAAUUUGCCUCACAAUAAUGAGCUGCAUUAUAAUGAAAAUUUGACACUGAAAAUCAACUCAACUGUAUCUUUGCGCGUGAAGUAA